AUGCCUAUAGCCACGAUCCAAGAUGGACGAUGUUACUGUUUUAAACUGAACAGCGAUACUCCUAGGGGUAACGUGGCGCUUUCGUCCUUCUUCGUGAAAACAGCUAGGGAAGCAGAUUGUGUAUCUAAAGGUUACAACGUGUAUUCCAGUCUUGGUGUAUGUAUCAAAUUUUCUGGUAACAGUAAAAAGGAUUUCCCUGGAGCUCAAGAGACUUGUAACCAAGAUGGCGGUUAUUUGAUAAAGGUAGAUUCUCAAACUAAAAUAAAUACCGCCAUGUCACUCGUGACUAAAAUGACAGAACUCGUGUUUAUUGGUGCGUUCACAUACCAGAAAGGACAGGACUAUUUAAACGUUAAAGGAGGUAAACUAGAUCCACAAUUUUGGGACAGCAAUGAACCAGAUUCGGUGGGCGCUGAUAUUUGUGCUGGGUUACCUAAAAUUAGCGGCGUUCUCAAAGGUGUCGCCGAUGUAGGUUGUGAGGGGGUCAUUCCAUUUUUCUGUGAACUUUUGUUGUAA